GUGGGCUCAGAUAGCAAAAUAUCUACCAGGAAGAACGGAUAAUGAAGUGAAGAAUUUCUGGAAUUCAACCAUCAAGAAGAAGCUCAUCUCUCGUUCCUCUAAUCAUCAUCACCUUUCCACCACUAUUACUAAUACUAAUAAUAAUAAUCAGCAUAUCCCAAAUAAUAAUAACACCAUGCUUUUCGAUCAUAAUCCAAACCUCUACACUAAUCUAAUCCCAAUCUUAAACCCUAGUUCUAGUCUCAUCCAAACCUCCCAUCAUGUGCUGGAUAAUAAUAAUGGUGAUGAUAAUAAUAACCCUUUAUUAUUCAUUCAAGCUGAUCAAGAAAUAAUGAACCAAGAUUUGGUACUUCCUAUGAUGCAACCGCCAGCCGCCAGUGAUCCCACGUGGUUUCAUGGAUUUCAACCUGAUCAGAACCCUAGUUCAUCCAAACAAGAAAGUUCAUAUUCCAUGUUUGGCUGUAACGAUACCCCCCACAUUUUCGCUACCGACCAGGAUCCCAUGAUGUUUCCUGCAAUGCCUAAGCUUUGUGAAGUCGGUAAAGAUGAUAUUGAGUGUUGUAUGCCUGUUCUUCCUUCUUCCACUUCUUCUACUACUAGUGGCUUCAUUGCACGUGAUGUACCGCCACCUCCACCCGUGUAUCAAUUUCCCUUACCAACACUGCCAUCGUUAUCAUCACCGUUGUCGUUCUCGGGACUGUCGGGGAAUGAGUUUAUUGCGUUUCAACCCUAGUGUAUAUUUAUUCAGCCUAUAUCAUGUUUGAGUAAGAGAUAAUGCAUGAUAGUAUGAUACAUUGUGUGUUUUUGUUUUGUAAAACAUAUAAAAAAUGUUGUUACUUAGCUUGGCUUGUUGGGAAUUAUAGGGUUGGGAAUAUUGUUAAUUAAAUACCUAGAUGUUACUAAUUUUGGUUGAGCUGCAAUUAAAAUAAUGAAUGAAUGCCUAAGGAUGUUCC